AUGACGCGACGGGGGUGUUGCCCUCGGUCGGCUUGUCGCAUUAGCACGCUAGCAGCCUGGCACCGGAAUCGUCGUACUACCUCCUCACUUAGCUAUCCUGUAGCCCUGGCCCAAGGACUACUAGCCGGACACCUUUGUGGCAUGGUUAGACCUGCCGAGAUGAAGUCUCGAAGAUACCCCGUAGCUGCCCCACGGCCAGGGCCACCGCUGCGCCUCUUUGAGGCCUACCUCGCAGACUUCUACUUUCUUAUCAUCAAGAUCACCCCUGUAUAUGGUGUAGCAUUCGAUGCUGAUGACGAUACGUCCGUGGGAGGUUAUCCGCAGCAAUCAGCAAUCGCCAUUGAUGAAGCCCGUCACACAUUACUCGUGUUUGAUUCCGGCAGCCCUCUUCAGACAAGAUUGCAUAGCUUAGUUACAAUCGACACAGACGAGAGCGCUGCUGCAGAAUAUGCGCUUAUGUCUAGCCGAAUAAAGUUCAAAAUUCAAACUCUGGUACUGCACUGCAACACUCCGGGAUCUUCUCUUCUCAUCUCUUUGCCUUCUGAUGCCUACGCCCCAACCUAA